AUUUCCUGAAUGUCAACCAGCCAUCUUCCAAACUGAUUAAGAAGAACAUAGUUCACAGCCACUUGGGAAUCAACUUCGACCUGAAAAUCACUGAAGCCUGCAUCCAAGGACCAGUUUGUGGCAAAAAGCAGAGCUUUGAUUUCCGCAUCUAGGGCGGAAGUAGCUUGCAGCGGGAAGGACAUAGCAAACACCAUAGCUCCAUCUUGAUUUCUCAUAAUCGCUCCUCCAUAAGAUCCCUGAGGUAUAAACGAUGCAUCAAUGUUUAAUUUCAGUUUUUGAGGCUUAAUCCAUCUGAUAAUUUGCAUACUUGAGCUCGUAAUUCUGAAAUUGCUAGGAAUUAGGUUUUCUUCAAAAAGGAUAGGGAAUUUUCCCAAAAUGGGACUAUUUAUCUUUACGAAUUCCAAAAUAGGAGCAGCCUGAAAGUCAAUUUCGCAUAGGACCAAAUGAUGACUGAAAUGCCUAUUAUACCCUCAAGUAAUAACCGUUGUAUCACCGUUUCCAAUAACAAAAAAAACGCGCCUCUAUCAUCGUGCUCUCGAGGCUCUCCAACUCUCGAAGAAACCAUCAUUCAACUUCCUCUUAGCAACUUCUGCAGAGCAAACCGUACUCGAAGGAGAAAACGACUGGCGCUGAGAACACAGAAGUGAGAAGCGACGAAGAAAGCACCAUUGUUGUCGUCGACAAUGGCCGAUUUGAACUCCACAAACACGGAGCGGAGAAACGACAUGAAGCUGGUAUGUCUUCCUAUGUUUAUGAUUUACAUUUGCGAAAACUAGGUUAAAAUGUGUGAUAAGAAGUCUAAUAAUGUAAGUUUCAACCUAAUUUCUACUUGCAUGUGUAUCAUUCUGAACAGAAUAAGUGCGAUAGAUUUUUUUACUUCGAUGUUUAAUAUGGUGUAUUGUUUACCUAGAAAACAGAUGCAAACAUGAAUUACUUCCUUUAUAGUAUGUACAAGUCAAGAGAAUUCAUAUAUUUCUAGAUUUAUUGAGUUGUUCAAUCAUGGUCUGUUUUUGAAAUAUUGAUGAGUAAUUAGUGUUGUUUAGGAAUUAAACCAGCUACUAAACGGUCUUGACAUUUUAGAUUACAUAUACUGUCAUUUUACUUACUUGCAAUGAUGAAUGUAAACACAAUAUUGAUAUUUAGUGUUCAUAGGCAAUAAGAAGGUCAUGUGACAAGGACAUCUUGUCAAAAAUGAACAAACUAAGAGUAAACUGCUAUUGCAAUGUGCUGGAAGUGGUUAAGGCCAUUAAGAUGUACUUGAAUGAAGAAUAACAGGCUGAAUUUAGAAGAACUGUGGGCAGUUGUUAUUGGGGCUGAUUGGGAAUCAUGUUGAAGAGGUGAAUCACAGGGUAGAAACUGAGAAGAUCACUUUCAACCUUAGAAACAGUUUGGUGUCAUUUACAAAAGAAGACUUCGCUCUGGUGACAUCUUUUAGGAUGGAUGGAGUUAAGAAAAAAUACAGAAAGAUGUGCAGGGGGAUAUCCGGAAGAGAUACUUCAAUGGGAAGACAUAUGUGUCCCGACAAAACGUCACCGAUGCUUUGAUUGCAUACAACCGUGAUGAUGAGGGAACUGUUGAAGGUGAUGGUGUCAAAUUAGCUUUGUUGUAUCUGCUAGGGAAUGCAUUAUUUGGAAACCAAAAUAAAGUAGCACUGCCUUCGUACUAUGUGAAUCUGUUGGAUGAUAUGGAAGCUUUCAAUAGCUAUCCAUGGGGAAGAGACAUAUGGGAUGAUUUGGUCAACAAUGCAGGAAAAAGUGUUGAGUUACUGACUACAAGUUCUUCAGACCGUGUCACAUUUCCUGGGUUUAUGUUUGCUGUACAAGUAUGGGCCUUUGAAACUCUUACAGGACUGAACAAAGCUGGUGUUUGCGUCUUCAAAGAAAAUCAAGAGAAUGCUAUUCCUCGCACUCUGAAAUGGAGUUUUACCAAAAAGCAAAGUCUGCAACUUCUGUGCAAGUUGAUAUUCCAUAACAAUGAGUUUGAAUAUAAACCAAUGGAACCAACAGCUCAAGAGAUGGAAAUACCAGAGUUGGCAUUACUGUUCCAAAACUUCGAAAGAGAACAUUGGCAGUUUGAUGGUGGAAUAGACUGUAGUGAAGAGAUACAAACUGAAGGUAAUGACAAAGGUGCAGAUUGCAAUGAGAAAGAAGUUGAAAAUGGGAGUGGAAAGGUGGAGAAAAAGAAGAAGUCAAGGUCCAGAAAGGGCGCUGCUCUUCAAAGAAAGUGCACUAGGGAAAGCAAUGAUGAUGAAGAAGAUGACUCAUUACUGCAAAAACUUGUUAAGAAGACUGACAUGAUGAUGGAAGAAAUGGCAAGGAUUAAGAAUAUCCAGAGAACACAUGGGUCUUUAUUGAGAAAGAUACUGACAAGGUUGGAAGGUAGACAGGUAUUGACAGAUGAAGCUAAGGAGGUCAGCCAAGGGGAAAAGCAAUGCAUCUUUGAAAAAGAUGAUGUGGUGCUUCAUGACAAAACAACUGAAAGAGAGAUAUGUGAUAAAGCUUGGAACAUUGAAAUUGAUGAAAAUGGCACUGAGAAGGAUGAAAUUGGAGAGAUGGAUGUAGAUAAAGGGGAUCAUAUACAGACAGUGCCAGAGGAGGUUGAUGAUGCUGAAGAGUUGUUGAAGAAUGAUGAAAAUAAAAGUUCUAAUGAAAAGGAAGCAAUGGCAGAGGAAGAUGGCACCGCUAUUGAAAAGGAGAAUGUUGAAGUGUCUGAGAAUGAGAUAGAUUCUCAAAGACCAUCGUUCAAUAUAUUUGGUUUUUCUUCACAGGAAGAAGGCCUUGUGAAAAAAACUGAUGAGGAAAUAUUAGGAGACUUGAACAAUGCACGUGAGCCAGUUGUUGAUGGCACUGAGAAGAUGGAUGUUGGCAAUGAUACUGGAAAAGAGGACUGGAGAAAAUUGAAUGAUGAUGACACAGAUUAUGAUGAGGAUGAGCUGCUCAAAGUGGAUGAGCUGGUUAACAAAACCAUAGAAAAGAGAAAAGAGAAGUCAACCGAAACAAACAUUGAGGAAUCCACAAAGGAAAUGGAAGUGGUAGAAGGGAAACUGGAAAGUAAGUCAAAGAAAGAAGAUGUCAGUGCUAUAAAUCAGUGCAAAAUUAUACAGGUUUACCAAGAACCAGAACCUCUAGUUGUGAUUUAUGGAGUUGCAUAUGUAAAAAAGUCCAAAAGGAAACCUAAAUCUCCGGAGCGCUACACGCCAUCAGAGAGAACUGUGGAGAAAAAGAGAACUUUUGGUGGAAUUGAGAAUGGAAAUACAUAUUGGAGGAAUUAUUUCGAGACCCUAAAUCAUUUUGGAUAUAUGGGAGGAUUAAAUAUUUUUGGGGCAUUAAAUCUUUUUAUUACCAUUGAGACUAUUGUGGAGAAUUUUUCCUUAUAAAUAUUUAUAAGGGUUGUUAAGGAAAUCUUACUAUUUGGAGAAUGAUACUUACCUCCAAAUAUUACAAACACUGUGGAUAUGGAUUUUUGAAAGAUUUUUGUAAAGCUAGAAUCGGAUUUAUUUACGAAUAUGAGAUGUGUGAUGGAAGUUCAAAAGUUAUUUUGGAGAUUAAGUAUUUUGGGAAGUAAUAUCUUACUCCUACUAUAUAUGAACUAUUCAAUGUUUAUAAACAUUAUUUUAAGCUACGAAUGCUAUUGGGAAAUUAUUUAGUUUGUUGGAAAGUAUAUAGAUUUGAGAAAGUGUUUUGAGGACUGUGAGAUAUUAAGAUAUUAUUUUACUUGCAAAUGUGUGAUAUGCUAUGAGAUGAAAUAAUUUUUACAAACCUCAGUUUAGUGUGUGUAUUUAAUUAUUUAUUUAUGAGAUCAAAUAUUUUACUUGCAUUUGAGGAAUUGUAGAGUAUUUUGAGAAGGCUUCGACAUGCCAAAAAAGGGGGGGUUGACAUGUAUUUUGACAAAAUUAUAUAUGUAUCAAACAUGAUUAUUUUACGGGGUUGAGUAGGCCCUUACUUAGCAUUUUAAGCUAAUUUUUUUUCUUUGUGUUUUCUUUCUGUACUUUAUUUGUGCAGGAAUAGAGGAUCAUAUUGAAGUUGCUUUCGAGAGCUUCCGCUAGAACACAUAGACUAAAGUUGACUGAGUAAUUUAUUUUAGUCUAAAUUUUAAGGAAUUGUAGUUGAAUAAUUAAUUAUGGAAAAUUUUAAUUGUUGGUGGUGGAUAGCCUGUGCACUCGGUUAUGUGAGAACCGAGUGUGGCGGUAACGCCUCUUAUUUCCAUUUAAAUUUCCGCUGCACAAUUCUGAUGUUUUCAAAUAAAGUUUAAAUUCCUUUGAAUAAA